UACAAAUGGCGGGUGACCGAAAAACUGUCGAAGAACUUGCAAAACUCCGACUAAAACUGGUGGAAAAGAAAAUCGCCGCCGAAAGACAGAAAAGUGCUCAAAAACAAACAUUUGUUGGAAAUUUGACAGUCGAUGCUGGUUACAAUGAUCCUCACCAUGCACUGCAAGCAGAGAUUUUGAAAAGUCAGCAACUUUUAGAGCAAGUCCAGGAGGAAAGGCAUCAGUUGAGAACAAGACACCAGCAAAGUGUCCAUGGCAACAGUCAACACAGCAUCCCYAAAUAUGAAGUAGAGAAAAGUGAUACAAAUUCAGAAAUCGUGGCGAUGGUGUUAGCACAAAGCGUUCAGCUUCAGGGGAUGAUGUUGAAGCAAAUGAAUUCAGUACCUCCUCAAAAUGACAUUGAUAGAACAUCAAGACCAAGAGACGUUGAACAAGUGAGCUACAGAGAAAUGACUCCAUUUACUUCAUUGCCACAAAACAAGCCAGCAGUUAAAGCUCCAGCUCCUGUCCUGCCUGCUCCUCCACGUAAAGCAAGUCCAGCCAAGGUUCCAAGAAUGGCAGCUACUCCAGUUCGAUCAACAGAUCAUGAACUUCUUCGUCAACCUAGACCAAAAACUAAAACCCCUCCAGUGGCAGGCUUCUUGAACAANUAG